CAAUAUUUAAACAGGGCUGUCGUAUCACUUCUUAUCCUUCUCUUCUCCAGGCUAAACCUAACCACUUUCAUAAGCUACCUCUCAGAGGGCUUUGUGGUUUCCAGACUUUUCACCAUUUUGGCCGCCCUCCUCUGGACACGCUCCGGAGGAUGUGUUUAAAUGGUUUUAUGUGUUUUGAUCUAUGCCUCGAACCUAGGCAAGAAAUAAAUGACGAUGACGACUGAUGAUGAUGAUGAUGAUGGAGCUGUGGUAUAAAAGGACACUUUCCCAGCUGUCUGCUCCUAUUGCGUCUUGAGAUCUUUGUUUCUUUGUGGCUGGGGAAAACACAACCCUGGCUGCCCGGACGAACAGCCCAAUCCUGGAGAUGUUGAGCCAGAUCUGGGAGGAAUCUUGGGGAACUGGUUUGAGCCUCGGUGUCUGUUGAGACUGGAUGGAGUCAGGAAACUCCACCCCGCUCCCACUGUUGCCCAAGCCUAUAAUUUCCCCAAAUUUGCCACCUGCAGCUCACUAGAGCCGCGCCGUCUUCAUCUCCUCCACCUGUUGCAGCCUCCCAGCGAAAGAAGAAGAGACCAGGAACGAGAGCGGAGCAUCUCAGCAUGGCUUCCAUGGGGAUACAGGUCUUGGGCAUCGCCCUCUCGGCCAUCGGCUGGCUGGGCGCCAUCCUCUGCUGCGGCCUGCCCAUGUGGCGCGUCACGGCCUUCAUCGGCAACAACAUUGUGGUGGCCCAGAUCAUCUGGGAAGGGCUGUGGAUGAACUGUGUGGUCCAGAGCACCGGGCAGAUGCAGUGCAAGGUCUAUGAGUCCAUGCUGGCCUUGGCCCAGGACAUGCAGGCGGCCAGGGCAUUGGUGAUCAUCGCCAUCAUCCUGGCGGUGGUGGGCCUCCUCUUCUCCAUCCUGGGCGGCAAGUGCACCAACUGCGUGGAGGACGAGGCCAGCAAAGCCAAGAUCAUGAUCACGGCCGGCGUGGUCUUCCUCCUCUCCGGCCUCUUGGUGCUCAUCCCUCUCUGCUGGACGGCCAACAACAUCAUCCGGGAUUUCUACAACCCGAUGGUGGUGGACAGCCAGAAGCGAGAGUUUGGGCCUUCGCUCUACAUUGGCUGGGCUGCGAGUGGCCUCCUCCUCAUUGGAGGGGCUCUCCUCUGCUGCAAUUGCCCCCCGAAAAGUGAGAAGCCGUACUCGGCGAAGUACACCGCCACGCGCUCCAUGCCAGCCAGUAACUACGUCUAAGGACGCCGCCUCCCUUCCUCCUCCUCCUUCCAUUUUAAAACGCGGGUUAUUCCUUCCCUCCUGGUGCUACGGAGGUGGAUCUGAGUGACUUUGAGUAGGCUCUAUUGCGGGGCAGAGCCUGGAAGUUACUUUGUAAAGAACGAAAUGACUCCCAUUUCUCCUUCCAGCGUUUGAGAAGUGCUACUUGUUGGGGAAAGUGACUUGUUGCAUUUGUGGCGUAACACAAAAUGUGACAGCGAUACAGUGUAUUGCUUAUGACUUUUCUAUUAGUUAUGUUAAUAGGAGAAAUAGAGAAGGGGCUAACAGAAGACUUGGAGGGAAGGGAUCACACUGAGAGGACUCUGAACAUAUUUGGAUGUAACCAGACACUGUGACACCAAUGACUUCCCUGCUGUUCAUUAUGUGACUUGUGAAAUGUAACAGACCAACUGUCUGCCCAAAAGGACAUGGGAUUUCCCAUGGGUAAAUAGGGGGAAAGCAGAGGUGCUGGUGCUCAGCAAUGUUCCUUUCUGGAGACCAUGACUAGAAAGACAGGCCUGCUAAUGCAUCAGGAUGUCAACUCCUAAGCUGGGAGAUAACUUGUGCUCAGUCUCCAAGUUCGAGUGCAAACUCCUUUUGCGCUUUGAACUCAGUUUGCAACCGAGGACAGAGGGAGAAUGCGGAGGAAAGAGAGAGAAAGCAGCUGGGAAAGCGGGAAUGCAAAGGAUUAAUUGGGAUUGUUUUUGCCAAACUGGGAUGGUUGAAGGUAGUAGUCAAGUAUAGUAUAGCAGCCAAAUAUGUACUGCCUGUCUUUAAUUAUAAAGGUACUUGCGACUCCCAAUGGAAGCAGAUGCUCUGAAUCAGUUGUUGAAUUGUGAGUCAACACUAAUGGAAAUCUCAGAAAGGGAUCUAUUUUUGUUGGGGCUUUGCAAUAGUAUUCAGGCCUGUAACUCCCUUAAGUGGCCAGUUGUAGGGUUUUGGGGGUGUUCCCCAUAUCCCUCCUGUCUUCUCAUCCUCAAAGGAACCUUUUCCCUGCAUUGUGAGAAAUGUAUGCAGGUGGCUGGCUGCUCUUUGCAGGUGGAACACAACAACAGGUUGUUCACCCUUUUGCAACCUAUUUCCGAUCCCCUGCGGAGAAAGGAGUGGAGUUUCAGGUCCCUUUGAGUUCCUUUGAGACAGGGCUGGGCAUCCAGGUUGUGCAAGAGAUUGAAAGAGAGACCGAAUAACAAGGGAGCUGGAUUGAGAUUUCUUCAUCUCUUGCACAACCCCAUUGUAAACCCAGGGGCAAGGCCCCGGGAGGAGCAGUUCCCAAUGCAGUUGUUUCUGGCCAGGGAGAGGAAGAAGAAAAUGCACCGGCCCAGUUACCAGUCCUUUUUGGGAUUGCAGCUCCCAGAAUUCUGGGCAUCAUUGUCAGGAAUCAUCCAUUUGCCCAGCUCAGCUUCUGGCUGCAACAAGAUGUGGGUUGUCACUGUGUAUUGCGGGUCUGCCUUUACAUUUGCACACCCAUUUUCUGUGUAUAUUUCUAGAUUACACUUUUUAUAUAUAUAUGUAUGUAUUAAAAAUAAAAAAGGAUAAAACGAUAAUAAGCCUGUACUUUUUCUCCACGCGUUUCUUCUCGAGAUCUGCGCAUUUUAGAAAACAUGAGCGCUUGCCGCAGGCUGCACGCAUGUUUCCAAGUGCGCAUGCAUUUGUGUGCUUUUUAAAACAUAUGGCAACAACAAACCAACAUCAUCAAUUAAAAUGCGUCCAGUAAAGCAUGCAGCAGUUUAAAAGGGCAAGUAUUUUUAAAACAGUCCGCAUUGAAAACCUGGCAUCUAAAUUCACAAUUUAAAACCAUCUGGAUAAACUUGCUGGGAGAGACUGGUCUUUGGCGCAGCUUUAAAUUCAGACAGCGCAUUAUUCCUAUUAUGCAUGGCUCCUGGGUUUCUCCUGGAAGCCAGAGGUUGGUGGUGCAUUGGUUGCAGAGGCCGGGUUGAGCCACGCCGGCUUGCCCUGUCUUCCAGGCCAGGUGGGGCUACUGGAAAAACAGGAUUUUGCCUCUUGGCGUUUUAGCCUCCGUGCUCAAAUAAGGAACCCGGUGGUUCAAUCGCCUCUUCUUCAACACGCUGGGAAGAGAGGCUUUGGGGGGAAAUGCUCUCUGGUCCUGGAGACUAUCCCUACUCUCAAGUUUGUUCUUGAUAACUGCCCUUGGGUCAGCCCUGUCUCACAGUGACCCUGCGGAUGAGACAUCUCCAAGACCCAAUAUCCUCCUUGUGAAUCCAUCCCUGUGACCUCCUUUAUUGGCAUGGGGUUUCCUCUCUACUGUCUUCCAUCUUUCCUACCAUCAUGACUGUCUUUUCCAAUGAUGUGGCCAAAGUAUGACAACUCCAAUGUAGCCCUCUUGUCUUCCAGGGACGGUUGAGGCUUGAUCUGACCAAGGAGCCCUUGGUUUGUCCUCUUGGCAUCCAGGGUGUCCUCCGCACUUUUCCCCACUACCGCCUCUCAAAUGAGUUUACUUUUUUCUUAGCUACUUUCUUUAUCAUCCAGCUCUCACAUCCAUCCGGAGUAAGGAGAAAUGCAAUGGCUUGGACACUUAUCCUUCUAUAAGACACUAUGAAUUAGUUAGUAAGCAAGCCAGCAAGGAGUUAUUAAUUGUUAUUUAAUAUAGUUACUUAUACCUUCGAGAGCAAUCAAAUCAUUAGUAAGACUCACCAAUGAAACAAUUAGUUAGCAAGGUUAACUAAUUAAGCAAACCGGUUAUCUGUUGGCUGCAGAUUGCGCUGCAAAUGCUUCAUUUGGGAUAGUCAGAAAAGAGUCUCAGUUGCCUGCAUGCUUGCUCAAUACUUCUCUUUUUGGUACUUUGGUAGAACUGAGGCAUGUGAGCGGCUGCUUUCUGAUGGUUGUUGUGCAUCUCCAAGUUGUUUUUCAGUUAUGGUGACCCUAAGGCAAACCUGUGACAGGAUUUUCUUGGCAAGGUUGGUUCAGAAAGGGUUUGCCCUUGUCGUCCCCUGAGGCUGAGAGACUGCACCUCACCCAGACUGCCAAGCUUUUCAUGCUCCAGUGUGGUAGACUAGCAUUCCCACCAACUAACCGGUACCCUUUCCCCCGCCACAGGUGGGACGCAUCACCAUGUC